AUGCAGCUGCAGUUCCGGAGCUGGAUGCUGGCCGCGCUCACGCUGCUUGUGGUCUUCCUCAUCUUCGCAGACAUCUCGGAGAUCGAAGAAGAAAUCGGGAAUUCUGGAGGCAGAGGUACAAUCAGAUCAGCUGUGAACAGCUUACAUAGCAAAUCUAAUAGAGCUGAAGUUGUAAUAAAUGGUUCUUCACUGCCAGCUGUUGUUGAUAGAAGUAAUGAAAGCAUUAAGCACAGCAUCCAGCCAGCUUUAUCCAAAUGGAGACACAACCAGACGCUCUCUCUGAGGAUCAGGAAGCAAAUUUUAAAGUUCUUGGAUGCAGAGAAGGAUAUUUCCGUCCUUAAGGGGACCCUGAAGCCCGGAGACAUUAUUCAUUACAUCUUUGAUCGAGACAGCACCAUGAAUGUGUCCCAGAACCUCUAUGAACUCCUCCCCAGAACCUCCCCACUGAAGAACAAGCAUUUCCAGACUUGUGCCAUCGUGGGCAACUCGGGCGUCUUGCUGAACAGCGGCUGUGGGCAGGAAAUUGACACGCACAGCUUCGUCAUAAGGUGCAACCUGGCUCCAGUUCAGGAGUACGCCCGGGACGUGGGCCUCAAAACAGAUCUAGUGACUAUGAACCCGUCAGUCAUCCAGCGGGCCUUUGAGGACCUGGUGAAUGCCACGUGGCGGGAGAAGCUGCUGCAGCGGCUGCACGGCCUCAAUGGGAGCAUCCUGUGGAUACCUGCCUUCAUGGCCCGGGGUGGCAAAGAACGUGUGGAGUGGGUCAACGCUCUCAUCCUGAAGCACCACGUCAACGUGCGCACGGCUUACCCUUCCCUGCGCCUGCUGCACGCAGUCCGAGGAUAUUGGCUGACCAACAAAGUCCACAUAAAAAGACCAACUACUGGCCUCUUGAUGUAUACCCUGGCCACACGCUUCUGCAAUCAGAUCUACCUCUAUGGCUUCUGGCCUUUUCCACUGGAUCAGAAUCAGAACCCUGUCAAGUACCACUAUUAUGACAGCCUCAAGUAUGGCUAUACCUCCCAGGCCAGCCCCCACACCAUGCCCUUGGAAUUCAAGGCCCUCAAGAGCCUGCAUGAGCAAGGGGCAUUGAAACUGACUGUCGGCCAGUGUGAUGGGGCUACGUAAGGAUGACAGCGCAUGGGACUCAAUGGCUCACUUUCCUGCCAGCUACACCACAGGCAGAUGGGAGUCGGGGUGGCACAAACAAUAGAACAAGCAGGCUAGUGGUUUUCUUUGUUAAAGUGUAAAACAGUGACCAGAAUAUAUAUAUCUAUACCUGCAUAUAUAUAUUGACCUGAGUAUUUAUAACUGUGUGGUGUUCAUCUAGCAUUAGGCAGAUAAGCCACAGGAAGAAGGUGUGGAGAACCCACCUGGACCAGAUGGAGACUCAGUCCAUCUUUGGGGGCAGAAGGACUUGACAUGCAAAGAAGCCAGUCCCAUGACUUUGGAUGACAACCCGCCUCCUGGGUUGGACGGAUCUCUGGGCUCAUGGAUGAAUGGAGAGCCACCUGUUGUCAGCUUCCCCGAACCUCUGAGUGAUGUGGAUUCUGGGUAGCCCAGACUCAGAAAGGACAGUUUGAACCAGUCUAAAGAGGUACAGUUCAUGGAGGAGAGACUUGGAGAGUUCCGCUGGGCAACGAGGCACAAGGAGACCAAACAUCAGAGGUCACAACAGAGCUGAGGACCUUGUUCAAGAACUUGAGAGUGCAACUUGACGUUCACAUGGGUAUCACCUGUGUCCCAGCCAGGCCUUCACAGCUCUGGAGAGAGGCUGGAGGAAACUCAAUGGACAGCCCCAUAGUCUGACUGGACAAGUGCUGUCCAGAGCUUAGUAGUGUGGAGCAGCAGAUGGUCCUAAAGAGGUACAGUGCUGUAAAUCAUGGUUGUAGAAACUUGAGACAGUCUAGGGGUUUGCUCCGCCUCAGAAAAGGACAAAAGAGUGUCCAAAUUAUGGUCAUUUUGUUGGGUGCGCUUUACAGCAAUGGAGGCCUACCGAGGAGGAAGUGAUCCUGGGGCAUCAACUUCCAGGUUAGCCUUCAUCUCAUCUUCUAAGAAUGUCGCAUGAGGGAACUCUACUGUCCUGUCUACCACCAGAAAGACACAGCAAAUGCUUGAAAGGGCACAGUCACCAUAGGGAUCAUCCUGUCACAAUAUAUACCAUCGCCUUUCUAGGCACCUCACAGAGCCCCAAACCCGGACUCCUGAAGACUGUGGAGCACCCGGUUCUGGGUCGCUAUAGUCACGCUCGGUUUGCUUUCUGCACCCUGCACUCUGAGGGUCCCCUGCAGCCAGACUGCUCUGUCAGCAUCACCUUCUUGUCACUUCCCGCAUCUUGACAGUCAUCCCCGCCCACACCAAGCUCCACACCAUGGAGAU